CUCAGGCGUGAACCACGUGAUCGCUGAGAAGCAGCAGUCUUCGGCCGAAACUACGGGCACCACGAGACAAGGCACCAUUGCCAGGAAGCUGAAGGAUAGAUUUUCGCGUACAUGUUCUGACUUCGAUCCUAGUCUUUCAAGAGCUUCUUCGUGUAUAUCGAGUUACUCUUCGCUGCUCAACCCACCUGGAUUGACAUAUGUCUCAUCUGUUGCGGCACCAUUUGCGCAGCCGGCGCUGGUGUCCCGUUCCCACUCAUGGGUGUACUAUUUGGCCAGCUUAUCGACAGCUUCAAUGGCGCAACAUGUGCUGCCGACAGUCAAGCAGCCGUGGUAGAUCCGUUUCGAUACGAAGCCGCCAUCAAUGACAAGGUCAUCAAGACUGUUUGGAUCGGUGUCAUUGCUUUAGUCCUGAUCUAUGGCCACCUUACGUGCUGGAACAUCAUCAGUCAGCGACUUGCUCAGCGUUUACGUACCCGCUAUGUCUCCGCCCUCCUGCGCCAGUCUCCUGAAUUCUUCGACACUCAAGGCUCCUCGGGUCAAGUCUCAAGUCGUCUGCAAGAAGAUGUGACAGCUGUUCAAGCAGGAACUUCUGAGAAGGUUGGGAAUAUCCUCACAACCAUCAGUUUCUUCAUCACCGUCUUCAUCAUUGCCUUCACACAGCAGCCACGCCUUGCGGGUAUCCUGAUUUGUAUGCUGCCCGCUUUCCUCAUGUCGGGUAUACUUGGAGGACGUUACCUCAGCAAGUACGUCACAAGCCAAAGUGAAGCUGCUGCAAAGGCAUCCUCCAUCGCUUCGGAGGCUUUGUCGCACGUUAACAUCGUUCACGCUUUCGGUGCCGGCCCCCGCCUCGAAGCCAGAUUCUCUGCUCACAUGGCUCGUGCUCGGAAAUUUGCCACAACCAAAGCAGCCAUCGCCGCUGUUCAAACAGGACUUUUGUACUUCAUCGCGUACUCCGGAAAUGCUUUGGCAUUUUGGCAGGGCAGUCUUCGAAUCGCAGACUCUGCAGCGAACAAUGGAGAUGGAGCAUCUGUUGGUCAGAUAUACGCAAUUGUCUAUCUUCUUGUCGAUGCUUGUGUCAUGCUUGGCGGCAUCGCCCCUACACUUCCUUUCCUGGGUGGUGCCACAGCAGCUUACCAGCGACUGAAGAAAGACAUCGAAGCUCCUUCCUCAAUUGAUGGUCUGUCUGAGUCAGGUGUCGUACUUCCAUCUGAUACGGCAAAGUCGGUCUCCUUCAACAACGUCUCCUUCGAAUACGCUUCAAGAACCGGUCAGCCCGUUCUGCAGCAAGUGAAUCUCACAUUUCCGGCUGGCAAGUACACUGCUAUCGUCGGUCUCUCGGGUAGUGGCAAGUCAACCAUUGCUGCACUCAUAGCUCGCCUUCAUGAUCCCACCGAGGGCAGCAUAGAGCUGGAUGGUCAUAACCUGCGCAGUCUCAACGUCAAGUCCCUUCGAAGCUUUAUCAGUUUUGUACAGCAGGAGCCAUCGCUUCUUGAUCGAUCGAUACUUGAAAACAUUGCUCUUGGCCUGAUAAACUCUCCAAAAUCUGUUCAUCAGCAUCUCAAACCCCUUCUGAACAGCGUUGACCUUACAAAGAUGGCUGCCAAGUGUGGAAAGAAUCUUACAGCAGCAGCAUCUCUUGGACCAGAGUAUGCUGAGCUCGCUUCACUCAUUCUCCAUGCUGCUGAGCAAGCCGAUGCAGCCAGCUUUGUAGAACAUCUAGAGUCUGGCUACGCCACACCUGCAGGAUCUGGUGGCUCUCAGCUGAGUGGUGGUCAGAGGCAGCGCAUUGCCCUUGCCCGAGCCCUCAUUCGUGACCCCGAGAUUCUCGUCCUAGAUGAAGCGACUGCAUCUCUUGACUCUGCCAGCGAGAAGAGAAUUCAACUUGCUGUCGAGCGCGCUGCUGCCGAACAACGCACUAUCAUUUCAAUUGCCCAUCGACUUUCGACCAUACGGAAUGCUGAUAAUAUCAUCGUCAUGCAAGCUGGACGUGUUGUUGAGCAGGGAAUGUACGUCGAACUGAUGGCAAAAGAAGAUGGUGAAUUUGCUCGCAUGGCCAAUCUACAGACACUUGGUUCGACAAACGCUGGCACUUCUGUAUCUGGCGACUCUCUUGAAACUGCGACAUACGAGUCGGAUAUCGAGUUCAACGAGAAGGAUGAUAUGCUGGAGUCAAUAACAGCUGUCGGCGACGAUACAGCUGCCUCAUUGCCGAGGAAGACAGAGAACAAGGACGAGACCAUAGACAACGAACUAGAUACUAUCCGUCCUUUCAGUUCGGUCACGAAAGGUCUGGCUGCGCUUCUUCGUCCAUCGCUUGGUUGGCUUGUCAUGGCUCUUGUCGCUGCAAUAUUUGUUGGAUCCACCUUUUCCGGCGCCGGCAUAAUCUUCGGCUUCACGGUCGGCGCUCUCAAUCCUUGCGAAAGCACUGUCGAGCGCAUUCUAUCCAUGGGUCGCUUCUUCUCAGGUCUCUAUUUCAUGCUUGCUGGUGUUGAGCUUAUCGCGAAUUUCCUCGCUUGGUGGGGCUUCGGAGUUGCCGGCGAGAAGCUACUAUACAACUUGCGGGUUCUCUCUUUCCGUUCCCUCCUGGAGCAAAACAUUCACUGGCAUCGCUCGGAAGGCCGUACGCCAACUAGCCUUUUGUCCAUCAUUACCAAAGAUAGUAUGUCUAUUGGUGCCUUCAGUGGCUCCACCUUUGGCACCAUCUUCGCCAUUUGUAUCAAUAUCGUUGUCGCCAUUGUGAUUUCACACAUCUUCGCCUGGAAGAUCGCUCUGGUCUGCUUGGUGACUGUCCCUAUUCUGCUUGGUUCAGGCUUCAUGCAACUUCGUAUGCUAGCUCGUUACGAGGAACGCCAUCGUGGUGCCUUUACUACUGCGACUUCGCUCGCCACUGAAGCCAUUCAGUCCAUCAGGACUGUUGCUUUACUGUCACUUGAGACCGAAUACAUGGAAUCAUUUGAGCGUCUCCUCAAGCCGCCCCGAAAACAAAUCGUACGUGCCUCGAUGACAACAAAUAUCUGGCUCGCCAUCUCCUACACCACUGGUACCUUCGUCAACGCUCUUGCUUACUGGUGGGGCUCGCAACUCAUCAUGAAGGGUGAGUAUACUCAGAGAGACUUCUUGAUCAUCCUUGUUGCCAUGCUUACCAGCGCCCAACUAUGGAGUGGCAUGUUUUCUCUUGCACCCGAAUUCUCUCGUGCCAGAUUAGCUUUGUCACGAGUCAUGACCGUGAUUGAGAUGGGCUCGAGCAAGCAUAUCGGUAAGCCUGGUGCUGAUCCUGCCAAGUCUGGUCACGAUAUAGAAGCAUCCGGCGAGACCAAGAGCGACAUCACAAACAGUCAGACUCGUGGUGGCUCAAAAGUCGCUUUCAAGAACGUCGGCUUCGCUUAUCCCAAUCGUCCGGAAGUCAACAUUCUGAACGACAUUGCCUUUUCUCUACCACCAAACACAUUUUGCGGUCUCGUAGGUCCGUCAGGUGCUGGCAAGUCUACCAUCAUGACUUUGGUACAGAGGCUGUAUUCGCCUACAUCAGGCUCGGUCUGUAUAGACGAUCAAGACAUCGCCAAGCUCCCGAUUUCCUUCCGCGACUCCAUCGCCUUGGUUCCCCAAGACCCCGCCCUCUUCGACGGUAGCAUCAGCUUCAACGUCGCUCUCGGCGCACCUCCUGAUCACGAACCCAGUCAAGCAGAAAUCGAAGAAGCGUGUCGUCUAGCCAACAUUCACGACACCAUCAUCUCCCUUCCCGACGGCUAUGCCACCGAAUGUGGACCUUCUGCGUCCCAUCUCAGCGGCGGUCAACGCCAACGCCUCGCCAUCGCCCGCGCACUAAUCCGCAAACCACGUCUUUUACUCUUGGACGAGAGUACCAGUGCAUUGGAUGCCGCUAGUGAAGCUGCUCUGCAAGAAGGACUGGAGAGAGCGAGCAGAGGGACUACGGUGUUGGCUAUCACGCAUCGAUUGCACAGUGUGCAGAAAGCUGAUAUUAUCUUCGUUGUCGAGGAAGGUAGGAUUGUUGAUAAGGGGACGCACGGGGAGUUGAUGGAGAGAAGGGAGAGUUACAGGGUAAAUGCUAUGCAGCAGAUGUUGCAGUGA